AUCAUAGGGUCCUCAACCAAUACUUCUCUCUCAGUACUCAUCUUUUAGAAACUCAAACAAAAAGAAACCAAACUAGUUUGAGUAGAUCUAGAGGAGUGUUUGGUUCUUUAAGAAAACAAAAAUGGCUAAGUCAUAUGGAGCUCUCUUCCUCUUGGCCCUCGUUGUCUUCUCCUUGCUCCAAACCAUGGUUAUGGCCUCAAAGGGAUCUGGAGGGAAUUGGAACCCAAAACGUUAUGGACCAGGAAGCCUAAAACGUUCCCAAUGCCCGAAGGAGUGCGAUAGGAGGUGUAGCCAAACACAGUACCACAACGCGUGCAUUUUAUUCUGCAACAAAUGCUGCAGAAAAUGUUUGUGUGUGCCUCCGGGUUACUAUGGGAACAAACAAGUUUGCUCUUGCUACAACAACUGGAAAACUCAACAAGGUGGACCAAAAUGCCCUUGAAAACAUCCCAAUCGUUUUAAUAUUAUCGGUUCCUUUUUAUAAUUAAAGUUUUCGAUGAUAUUUAUAUUUCAAUUUGAUCCAACUGUUGGUUUUGUGUUUCUUGUUCUAUCUAUUUUAUUCCUAAUGUUGUAAUGCUAUGCCACUCCUUUGGGACUUUGUUCUAAAUCCCUUAAAAUAUGAGAGUGGCCUAUAAAUGAAUGAUAUUUUCAUAAAUAAUAAUUUGUUUUAAACU